ACUGAAGGUGCGCUUUCUGUAAGCCCCUUUGACAUCACACUUUACGAGGCUGCAAAUCGUAUGCCAACAAUUGGCAUGCUGCAUGCUGAAAAAGUUGAGAACCUGGCCACUCCACUCCACUCCAGUAUUGAUGUCUCGGGCCCAAGUGGCAUGCCAGUUACACUCACAAUGUUGCAGGGACUAUAGCAGUCGUCUACUUCAUGGCUUCAAGUUCAGCUUCUACUGGGAUUUGAUGUAGCAGAUAGCCUUAUUAUACAGCUGCUGACAUAACACCAUGGAAAUAUCUGUCGCCUUGAGGAGAACUAAAGGUUUUUAUGAAGCAGUGUGUGCUCUGAACACCUUGCAGACCAAUGUGAGUGUGUUGGAUCAGGUGCAGAGGGAGCGGAGUGAGCUACCUGAGCUGCAGCUCCAGGCCAUGCGGGGCUUCCUCCAUCGUACAGGCCUCACAGUAGACAAGCUGGACCACCUCAAUAUAAUCCAUGUGACAGGCACCAAGGGCAAGGGAUCAACAUGUGCCUUUACUGAGAGAAUCCUCAGGGACUAUGGCUUUCGGACUGGGUUUUACAGCUCACCACACCUGGUACAGGUCAGAGAGAGAAUACGCAUCAAUGGACAACCAAUCAGCAAAGAGCUCUUCACCAAAUACUUCUGGGAGGUGUUUUCCCAGUUAGAUGCUACAAAGGACUCCCAUGGAGUUAACAUGCCGGCCUAUUUCCGCUUCCUCACCAUCCUAGCGUUCCAUGUCUUCCUACAGGAGAGGGUUGAUUUAGCUGUUAUUGAGGUUGGGAUUGGAGGAGCCUAUGACUGUACGAACAUCAUUAGGAAGCCGUGGGUUUGUGGGAUAUCCUCCUUAGGAAUUGAUCAUACAAGUAUACUAGGAAACACCAUAGAGGAGAUCGCCUGGCAGAAAGCAGGCAUAUUUAAGCCAGGGGUGCCCGUGUUCACUGUCAAGCAGCCAGAUAGGCCCAUGACUGUUCUACAGGACAGAGCCAAAGAGAUAGGGUGUCCUCUGUGGGUUUGUCCAGAUCUGGAGCAGUAUGAGUCUGGGGCUGGCCCUCUGAGUCUGGGCCUGGCUGGACAACAGCAGCGCUGCAACGCAUCACUCGCCCUGCAGCUCAGCAAGACCUGGCUACAGCGCUACAGACAGUCUGAUGAUCAGCUUGCUGCCCCGAUAGUGGAGAACAGGCUGGUCUCCCAGGCAACAGCCUUUAAGCCCAGCCCCAUCAUGGUCAAAGGCUUGGAGGUGACAGAGUGGCCUGGAAGAACUCAGACUCUGAGACAUGGUCCUGUCACCUACUACCUGGACGGAGCCCACACCACGGGCAGCAUGCAGGCCUGUGUACACUGGUUCAGCCAGGAGAUCCAGCAGGAAGAGAGUAGCAACAGGGGCCCUGUGAUCCGAGUACUGCUGUUCAACACCACAGGAGAGAGGGACUCUGCUGCCAUGCUCAAACUCCUAGAGCCAUGCCAGUUUGAUUUUGCUGUGUUUUGUCCCAACAUCACUGAAACUAUUACAGAAAACAAUGCAGAUCAGCAGAAUUUCAAUGUAUCUGUGGAGAACAUGCUGACCCGUUGCCUUGACAACCAGAUCAGCUGGCAGAGCCUGAGCGGGACAGAGACUAAGCAGGGGUCUGAGUCUGAGCUGCUGAUAAAGGACAGGCUCCCCUUGCUGGCCAAGACCAGGACCCACACCAUGGUCUUCCCAUGCAUCCUCAGCGCCCUCCAGUGGAUCAGCCAGGGAAGGGACGCUGUGCUGGCUACUGCAGGGAGCCCUUAUCUCCCAGUACAGCCCAGUGUCACGGCAAAAGCAGAACCAUUGAGAGAGGCAGCCCAGGUCUCUGUCCUGGUUACAGGUAGUCUACACCUAGUAGGAGGGGUGCUGAAAUACCUGGACCCCUCGUUAGCCUCCUAAUUAACUAUUGGCCCAACAAUUGGCCCAUCAGUCUGGCUUGGAUUUUUGUAGGACAUUGAGAUACGCUCAAUGUUUGACAGGUAUUAUAUUUGAGGUGUUUACAGCUUAGGGUCUUCUUGAAUAGAUGUGUGCUUCUUGUCCAGUGUGGUGCACUCAAUUUGCUCUGUCCUCAGUGCAGGAGCCCUGGGCUUUCAUACUACGAAGUUGUGCUGUACUGUGUCAGCAAGUCAAGUUGAAUGAUUUUCUCAGGGUCAUUGAAUUACGAUUGUUUUGAAUUGUAUUUUCUCUUUGAAUUAUCGCUUUGACUAAUGUACAUAAUGAAAAUCAAAGCAUGUAUGAAUUUGUACAUAGUUGUGAAUGAAGACUUUAACAGUACCAGUCAAAAGUUUGGACACCUUCUCAUUCAAGGGUUUUUAUUUAUUUUUACUGUUUUCUACAUAAUAGUGAAGCCAUCAAAACAAUGAAAGAACAGAUAUAGAGUUAUGUAGUAACCAAAAAAACAUUAAACAAAUCAAAAUAUAUUUUGGAUUCUUCAAAGUAGCCACCCUUUGCCUUGUUGACAGCUUUGCACACUCUUGGCAUUCUCUCAACCAGCUUCAUGAGGAAUGCUUUUCCAACAGUCUUGAAGGAGUUCCCACAUAUACUGAGCACUUGUUGGCUGCUUUUUCUUCACUCUGCAGUCCAACUCAUCCCAAAACAUCUCAUUUGGGUUGAGGUCGGCCGAUUGUGGAGGUCAGGUCAUCUGAUGCAGCACCAUCACUCUCCUUGGUCAAAUAGCCCUUACACAGCCUGGAGGUGUGUUGCAUCAUUGUUCUGUUGAAAAACAAAUGGUAGUCCCACUAAGUGCAAACCAGAUGGGAUGGCGUAGCACUGCAGAAUGCUGUGGUAGCCAUGCUGGUUAAGUGUGCCUUGAAUUCUAAAUAAAUCACUGACAGUGUCACCAGCAAGGCACUCCCACAUCAUCACACCUCCUCCUCCAUGCUUCACGGUGGGAACCACACAUGUAGAGAUCAUCCAUUCACCUACUACGCGUCUCACAAAGACACGGCGGUUAGAACAUAAAAAUGCAAAUUUGGACUCAACAGACCAAAGGACAGAUUUCCACCAGUCUAAUGUCCAUUGCUUGUGUUUCUUGGCCCAAGCAAGUCUCUCCUUACUGGUAUCCUUUAAUAGUGAUUUCUUUGCAGCAAUACGACCAUGAAGGCCUGAAUCACGCAGUCUCCUCUGAACAGUUGUUGUUGAGAUCUGUCUGUUACUUGAACUCUGAGAAGCAUUUAUUUGGGCUGCAAUUUCUGAGGCUGGUAACUCUAGGGCUGCCAGCAUCUCAAAUAUAAAAUGUAUUUGUUUAACACUUUUUUGGUUAGUAUAUGAUUCCAUAUGUGUUAUUUCAUAGUUUUGAUGUAUUUUUCUAUUUUCUAUUAUUCUACAAUGUUGAAAAUAGUAAAAAAUAAAUAAAAAACCCUUGAAUGA